AACCUCGACCUUACCUGCUACGCCCUCGUUUUUACCGCAUUUUUCACCAUGGUUCUCCUCGUCACGUCCGACAACGAGCAGUUUACCGCCGACAAGGAGGUCGUUGAGCGAUCCGUUCUUAUCAAGAACAUGCUUGAGGACGUCGGCGAGAGCGAUCAACCCAUUCCCCUUCCCAAUGUCUCGUCGAGCGUGCUGAAGAAGGUUCUGGAGUACUGCGAGCACCACCGUGGCGAGCCUCUCCCUAGCGCCGACACCGAUCAGAACCAAGAUGAGACACGCAAGCGCACCACUGAUAUCAGCGAGUGGGACCAAAAGUUCAUCACAGUUGAUCAGGAGAUGCUCUUCGAGAUCAUUCUGGCUGCCAACUACCUCGACAUCAAGCCUCUUCUCGAUGUCGGCUGCAAGACGGUAGCGAACAUGAUCAAGGGCAAGACCCCCGAAGAGAUUCGCAAGCUCUUCAACAUCGUCAACGACUUUACGCCUGAAGAGGAGGCUCAAAUCAAGAAGGAGAACGAAUGGGCCGAGGAUCGGUGAAUGUGUAACACGACGAUGAAAUAUCAUUGCACUAGUUCUGUACUGUCAUCUGCCUUGUACAUUGUUCUUGCUACCUAUCCAACGUUGUGAUAGAGUAGUAUCAUGCUUGACGAAAUAUAACCGCUUCGAAGCU